AGUUUCAGAAAAAUUUUUUGUUUGCCAAUGUGCAGUAAGCAUUGCAAGUCAAGUGACAGCCUGAUGCUAAUCCUAAUAGGGCAGUGGCCGUGGCCUGUAGGGCAUAGACUAAUCACUAAUGUUUUUACUUUCAGCUCAGGUCUUUAAGUUUGACCACCUUGGGAAAAACUAUGUCCUAUGCUAAAUCAUUUUUAGUUCUUUCCUGCCAGGUAUGAGCCUUGGUGUAAAAAAGUGUUUAACUUCAACAAUAGUUUUUUAACUAGCCCAUCAACAACUGUAAUAAUGACUUUCAUGAAUAAGAAAUACUCAAAAAAAGUGGCCAGGUGUGUGAAAAUUUUGGAGAAAGAUUUUCCAAGCUUAUGUCCUGGAAUGUCAACAGACAGGUAUCAGGUCAUUUAUAUUGGAAACAUUGGUCACACAACAGGAUAUGAUGAAACUUCAAUACUGCAGCUCCUCCAUUUACACCAAGCUGAAAAAGGAUCAUGUCAGCUUGCUUUGUUUCCUGGCAAGCAGUAUAGUUUUGUGCAGUACACUGAUGAAGAAUCGGCUAAUGCUGCACUCAAGACAUUGACAAGAGACGCCUGUACUAAGGAAGGUCUGCACCAACACUCCAAAGUCUAUGCUUGCCUUGUGCCUUCCAUGCCUGCUGUAGCUUGGCCAACUAUGCAUGACUGCCCUCCUGGACUGAGAUUGCUGGAGGAUUUUAUAAAUGUUGAGGAAGAGCACAGUCUGAUGAAUCUCAUUGACUGGGAGACAGCCCCAUCAGACUCUCAUCUUGGAGGAAGUUUGAAGAACCGUUCAGUUCGUCAUUUUGGUUAUGAAUUUGAGUACGGCAGCAACAGCAUUGAUGCGUCAUGCCCGCUACUGGCAGCACCUUUGCCUACUGAGCUGCUGGCCAUCAUGGAUCGCAUGGUGAAGCAGGGGACGCUGCAGUGCAUGCCAGACCAAAUCACUGUCAACAGAUACCUUCCUGGACAGGGUAUCCCAGCUCACACUGAUAGUCACGGAUCGUGUGGUAGUGAGCUAGCAUCCCUUAGUUUGGGAGGACCGGUGUUGAUGAACUGGACUGCUCCUAGUCGUUUGCUGCAGCAGCAGCGUGAGGCGCUCAGUACUGACCUGCCUGCUGCUGAUCAUGACGAGAUCCUCUCACCUACAGACACAUUGAUGGGGUACAACAUGCUGCUGCCACCGCGCUCAUUAUGUGUCUUCAGUGGAGAAGCCCGGUAUUGUUGGCAACACGGCAUCAAGGCACGGCAGUACGACGUUCACCACAGUAGCGAUGGGCAUCUGCAGCUCGUCAAGAGACAGUUGCGAGUGUCCUUCACCUUCCGCAGGUCCAGACGAGGGCCUUGUGACUGUCCCUACAAACUAUUCUGCCCUGACCAGCAGUCACCUCCCCAGAACACAUCGCUGAGUGAGAAUGAUGCUACUGCAGAGGUGCUGGAAAUUCGCCACGUGCAGAGCGUAUAUGACAACAUCGCUCCUCACUUCAGUGACACCAGGCACAAGCCCUGGCCCAACGUCAGACAGUUCAUUGAUGGCCUGUCGCCGGGCGCUUGGUUGCUGGACGUGGGCUGUGGCAACGGAAAGUACCUCGGCCUAAACGCAUCCCUCCUGCAGGUGGGCUGCGACAACAGCACGGGUCUGUUGAGCAUCGCGCAGGGGCGCGGCCACGAGACUGUGCUCUGCAACUGCCUUGCGCUGCCCUUCCGGGAUGCCUCUUACGAUGCUGUCAUCUGCAUCGCCGUGCUGCAUCAUCUCGCUUCACCUGAACGCAGAAUGGCUGGUCUUCGGGAGUUGGUGCGCGUGCUUCGUAGCUCAGGACGCGGCCUGGUCUACGUGUGGGCUCUGGAGCAGACCAUGGCUCACCGACCCAGCUCGUAUCUCAAGCAAAAGACCAGCAAGAACGCAGCCAACGUCAAAACCACCGAAGCUGCAGAAAUGAACGGCACACCGUCUCUUCCCGUGCACGAGAACCGCACGCAGUUUGUACAGCAAGAUAUGUUCGUCCCGUGGAAGCUGAAGGCGAAGACGAGCGAAGCUUCGACGUCUGAAAUUCAGCAAGUUUACCAUCGCUUUUACCAUACCUUCAGAGACGGCGAACUGGAGCAGAUGUGCAGCAAUAUUGAUGACAUUAAUAUAUUGAAAUCUUUUUACGAUGAAGGAAAUUGGUGCAUUAUAUUUGAAAAGAAAUAAAAAGGACCAUGUUGUAA